ACACAGUAUAUAAAACGAAAUCAACGAAGCGUAGCAGUGAAAUCGUUGACGCGUGUGAACUAUCUAUAAUACCUAUGGCUAGUAUGUGGGAAUUUCCAGUAUGUAUUUUUAUAAUUAUAUAACGCACGAACACGCAACCAAUGCUUUUUCUAUGCUACUAGCCCUACAACCGUUGUGUACUGGUUUCGCAAUUUAGAUAACUAAAUGUUGCAUAAGUAUUGCAUACUAUAAUAGUUUAAAGAUUUUAUACCAAGCCUAGCAAACGGUAGCACAUCGUUCAUUAUCAACACCCAGCAGCAAAGACUUUCUUCUGCCGUGAAUAUCUCUACCGACAGGAGAGUGUGCCUGGAGAGUGUGCUUUUGUUAGCCUAGGGUAGACCAAUCCGACUCCUGGAGUUUCACAAUUAUAUUAAUCCCUGGAGAAUGGUAUCAUUAUUCUGUUGAAAAUGGCAGAUUACCCGACUGUAAAAGAAAUACAAGGACAAUUAAAAGACAACUUAAUUUACACCCAGCAAGCUAUGCUUGAAAGAGAUGAAGCUGUUUCUAAACUGAGAGGAAUGCGAAACUUAACAUCUGUUUUACAUGCUACAAGAGAAGAUUUGCAUUCUUAUAAAGAGAAAAGCGACACCUAUGAACUACUCUUACUACGAGAUGAAAGUCACAUUAAAAAGUUAAAGCAACUUGUCACAGAGAAAGAAAAAGAUAUUCAGAAAUUAAAAACUGCUCUUAAGGAUUGUGGAGUUGAAGUUGAUGAUGACAUUGAAACUGAUGGGGCAGGACCAGAAACUGACAAGUUUACACAUUCUUCAAAGGAAAGUGGAUAUCAAAGUGUUGAUGAUGAAAUCUCUAUUUACGGAAGACCUAGUGCAGAAAAAUCAAGUAUUUAUGGAGUUUCUCAUGAAAUUUAUGACCAACUUCUUAGGGAUCACAUUCAGCUUAAAAAGGAAUUGGAUAAUUUAAUUGAAAAGGGAGAUAUUAAACCUACUCAAUAUUUGCAAGAUGAAGAAAACAAAGAACAAAUAACUCAGCUAGAAUUAUCUAAUAAAGAACUUAAAAAGAAGGUAAAACAAUUAGAAAAAGAAGUACUAGACAUGAAUGAUGUUGUGAAAAGUGGACCAGAUAGUAACAAAUCAAAGGUUUUAGAAUUAUCGGCACAGCUAAGACAUUUACAUGAGAAAUACCGUAGGCAAGAACUUUUACAAAACUUAUUGGAAGAAAAAUGUCAAGAACUAGCACAAAAAUUAUUAGAAAAAUCAAGACAAAGUGGAAAGACUGUAGAUUCCAAGUCCGAUUCAAAAGAAGAUAUCAAAGCUAAAUCAUCAACAGAUACUUUCAAGGAGUCUAAUCAUCAUGGAGCUGGGUCAUCUGAUCUGCCAUUAGAUGAGCAACUAAAAGAUUUAGAAUAUCGCAAUGCGAGUCUCUCCAAACAUCUCCAGCACAGUCAAAAGCAGAAUAAAGAUUUGAGUGACAAACUUAAAUCAGCUGAGAAAAAUUCACAGAUAUAUGAACAGCGGUAUCAAGAAUUGCUAGAGACAUUUCAGGCAAUGACAACAGAGGUUGACACCAAAUGUGAAAAAUGCUUAGUUAAAGAUGAUGCGAUUGAAACAUUCAAAAUGCAAACUGAGCAUUUGAAUGCCCAGUUGUCUGUAUUUCAAGAAGACGAAAAGCACACACGAAAAGAAAUAUCAAACUUGAAAAAGAAACAUGAAUCUGAGAUUGACCAGUGGGCCAGAAAUUACUCAACGUUGAGUGAUGAGUUGGAGAAGAUGAAAACCACACUUCAAGCCCAAAAGCAACAUUAUGAGCGUAAGUUAAGAUCUAUGGUGCAAGUGCAACCAGUUCUUGAGCCAUACCAGUACAGACGGCCAGAUAGUAUGGACAUGGGUAGGCGACGCCCUGUGGAUGUUUGUGACGAGGAACCAGCACCCUCGAAUCGUCAUCAAAAUCCUGCACCACCACUUCAAAGAACAGCACGUCUCCAAGAUACGGCUCCGUUCAUGGACAUGCUUGAGUGCCCACGCUGUAAGCGUGAAUUCCCACCUUCUCAGCAGAGGGAGCAUGCAAUACAUGUGAAUCGUUGUCUUGACGAUUGAUUGGAACUGAAAUGACCCUCUAAGCUGCUGAAAAUUUAAUGAAUCUGAAUGUGGAUUUUAGCUUGUUUAAAAUGCGGUGCACACUUAGACUUAAAGUGUGCAGAAAACAAAAAAGAGCCCGCUAAAAAGUAGAUGAUAGACAUAUUGGCAGGGCUUCAUGAGGUAUUUUAAAAUUUAAAUUUAGUGCAGGUAUCAAACUUAGAUUUUAUUAGGUAUGCUCAUGUCCAUUCGAUUGUGAUUUCAUGUUAUGUAAUAUAUUUGUUGGGCAGCAUGAAUAAGUAUGAAAUAUUAAUUAGUAACAUAUUGCUUAUAUUUUUAUGUAGUACUGUAUAUAAUUUUGUCCUAUCUGGAAAAUAUCUUUUACUUAUGUCUACAUGAUAUCAGACAGUAGUCUGUCUACAUUGUCAAGUAUUUUGUGACAAAUGUGUUAUUUGCCCAUAUAUAGGCAUGAUGAUGUCAUCACAAAAUAUAUGGCAUGAUGAUGUCAUAUCACACCAUAUAUGGGCAUGAUGAUGUCAUAUCACACCAUAUAUGGGCAUGGUGAUGUCAUACAA